GGGCACUAGUGUAAGGUCUGGCACCUCCUGCAGGAGCCAGGCACAGCCUGCUGGCUUUCCCAGCCGCCGCACAUGACAGGCACAGCCUGAAGUCAACCCAAAGUCACCCGAGGAGACACAAACCUGCGCUGCGGCUGCCGCGCCGCGUCCCGCCCGCACCUGCUGCACGCAGGCGGGGAGCAGCACGGCCCCGCUGCCAGCCCCGCUGCCGGCCCCGCUGCCGGCCCCGCUGCCAGCCCUGCCCCGGGGCCGCCAGAGCAUCCCCCGCUGCGGGCACGGAUUCCUCAGCCGCUCCCGGGAUCCUGCCGGCAAGGAUGCGCCGCUGCCGCAUCUGACGCGCCUCUCCCCGGAGAGCUCCUGCUAGUUGGAAGGCAGUGAAACAGGCGAGGAGCCCGUGAGAGCAUCGCACGAGGAGCUGGCUCUGUGAAAGGACUUUUGAGAGGAGUGUGCUAUGGACAAAGCCUUUCGGGCGAAGGGACUGUUAUUUUUGCUUCUCGGUUGCAGAAAUUAAGGGUGCCAGCGAGGAGUGUUGUAUCCUGAAGGAUUCUUCCGUGGCCUUUUUGGUAUUGUUCUGCUCUUUCUCCUUGCACACCACACAGUGCUGAGCUUUUGCUGUGGAAUUAGAGUCUCUGCCACUCAGCCUCCUGUUUCAGCCGGGAGGAAGAGGUCUUUCUCUCCCUGCAUUCUGUUUGAGUGGAAAAUACAUCUUUUUGCUGAAACUCUUUUGUUGUGACAUUGCAUAAUAGGCAGUUGUCUUACUGCAGGAAAUAAAAGAAACGAAAGGAAAUAGACGGAAGGAAAUUGUUCCCCAAAGCAAAACUGAAGCAGAGAAGAGAACAUCAAAAUCGUUUCAAGCCCUACCCAAGAUCUAGAAGACCACAAAUCUCCUAGCUCCAGAGGAAAAUACACUCUGACAAAUAAAACUCCUCAGCAGUCAGUAGCGAUGAGUAAUCGUGGUGUUCUGUCUGGAUGCUGCUGGUGAAGGAGAGCUCUGGAGGGACGUGGGGGCUCUGGCCUGUAUGAUGCCUGAAGACAGAAAUGCAGGAGUCCGCAGCCCAGGUGCCUUAGCAGCAGCUCCCUUCAUUCCCAAAACUACUUACCGGAGAAUUAAGCGGUGCUUUAGUUUCCGCAAAGGGAUUUUUGGGCAGAAGCUGGAGGACACGGUGCGGUACGAGAAGCGCUAUGGGCCCCGCCUGGCUCCCAUGCUGGUGGAGCAGUGCGUGGACUUCAUCCGCCAGCGGGGGCUGAAGGAAGAGGGCCUGUUCCGACUGCCUGGGCAGGCUAACCUCGUCAAGGAGCUGCAGGAUGCGUUUGACUGUGGAGAAAAGCCGUCCUUUGACAGCAACACAGAUGUGCACACCGUGGCUUCACUGCUCAAGCUGUACCUAAGGGAGCUCCCAGAACCAGUUGUACCAUAUGCAAAAUACGAAGAUUUUCUUUCCUGUGCCAAAAUGCUCAGCAAGGAGGAAGAAGCGGGCCUGAAAGAACUGGUGAAGCAAGUGAAGAACCUGCCAGCUGUCAAUUACAAUCUGCUGAAAUACAUCUGUAGAUUCCUUGAUGAAGUCCAGUCGUAUUCAGGUGUAAACAAAAUGAGUGUGCAAAACCUGGCUACGGUUUUUGGCCCCAACAUCCUGCGCCCCAAAGUGGAAGAUCCUCUGACUAUCAUGGAGGGUACAGUAGUAGUCCAGCAGCUCAUGUCAGUGAUGAUCAGCAAACAUGAAGAGCUGUUUCCCAAGGAUAUAGACCCUCAGAUGGGACCUGAGGUGUGCAACAACAACAACGAAAUUCCAAAGAAAACCACUGCAGGGCAGCUACAGAACAAAGAGAACAACAACACCAAGGAGACGGCAGUGAGGCGCUGCUCUUGGGACACCCCCGAGUCUCCUCAGAGGGCGAGCAUGGACUGUGAGUCUCCCACUGCUCUGCCAGGCAGCAAGACAAGCAGCCCCAGGAACAGCAUCCAGAAGGCAGAUGUCACCCGGAGCCCGCCACUCACGGUGAAAAAGAACCCUGCUUUUAAUAAAGGCAGCGGCAUAGUCACCAACGGGUCCUUCAGCAGCUCCGUGGAGGGCCCGGAGAAGAGCCAGACGCUGCCCAGCUGCUCGCUGCCGGGCCGGCGGGCGUCGUCGCUGAAGGGGCCGGCGACGCGGCUGGGCACGCAGAGCGUGCAGAACGGCGGCAGCCGCAGCCCCGCCUGGGCGCACGGCGGCCUCGUCACCCUGAGGGACAGCAGGCACAGAGAGCCCUCCCUGGCCGAGUCGGGCCAGCACAACCGGCUGUCCACCUACGACAACGUGCACCAGCAGUUCUCCACGGUGAACUCCGAUGACAAGCAGAGUGUGGACAGCGCCACCUGGUCCACGUCCUCGUGUGAAAUAUCCCUCCCGGAGCACUCCAACUCCUGUCGCUCAUCCACCACCACCUGCCCCGAGCAGGACUUUUAUGCGGGUAACUUUGAAGACUCUGUGCUGGAUGGGCCGCCGCACGAAGAGCUCUCUAACCCGGGUGACUAUGAGAACAAAAGUGACAGGAGGAGUGUGGGGGGCCACAGCAGCCGGGCCACCAGCAGCAGCGACAACAGUGAGACGUUUGUGCCCAGCAGCACCAACAACCACAGUGCUUUGCACAGCCUGGUGUCCAGCUUGAAGCAAGAGAUGGCCAAGCAAAAACUAGAAUAUGAGACAAGGAUAAAAAGCCUGGAGCAGCGAAAUCUCACCCUGGAGACUGAAAUGAUGGCCCUGCAUGAAGAGCUGGAUCAAGAGCGGAAGAAGUUCACAAUGGUGGAAAUCAAAAUGCGAAACGCAGAGCGGGCGAAGGAGGAUGCAGAGAAGAGGAAUGAUAUGCUGCAGAAGGAAAUGGAGCAGUUUUUCUCUACUUUUGGAGAACUGACAGUGGAGUCUCGUAGACCAGAAAGAGGCAACACCAUCUGGAUCCAGUGAGCUGUGGAGGAGUAGACUGUUGGACUUGAGGGAAGGGCUUGGGGGUAUUAUACUGUAUCAGGUGGCUGGUCACCUGUCUGAGGCUAGUACUCAACAAAAUGUUACAAACCCUUGAAGAAAGAAAUCAUACAUACAUUCAGCACUCAUAUCUACAGUGUGUACUUACCGAGUUAUACUCUUUGAAUGCUUCAUGAGACUACUGUCAAGUGUUACAACUGGAUAUGUGUAUAUAAAUUUAAAAACCACCUUAGAGCAAGAGAUGUAUCCGAAGAAAUAUUUUAAUGCAAGUCUUGUAUUUAAGCUGGUAAAUUGAGAUGUUGUUGCAAUCAAGCUUUAUAUAAAGGCUUUUCUCCCUUGCACUUAACAUAAUAAGCUAUUUUUGGCAUUGUGUUACCAUCAGCUUAUUUUGUAUAUCAAAUGGUUUUUUUGUUUUUGUUUUGUUACCCCUUUUGCUGGGGAGUGAAGAUAAACAGAUAUGUUAAGGUAAA